AUGAGUACUGGUUGGAACUUCCAACUCAACGGAAAAUACGUCCAGGGGAAAAAAAGGGAGGAACUGAAUUACAUUAACAUUUUUGACAAAGGAGGAAUCCUCAACUUGAGGAAAAAAAAUGGAAAGUUCAGCGAUGGGCUGAAUUGCGGCCCCGCUGGGCGGAAGGCGCUGAUUCGAUGGAUAGAAUAUAAUUACCAACUGAAAAAUGAGGAGGAGAACAGUUACCCCGCUUUGAGCGCGUGCAAGGUGUGGCAAAAGAGGCAGUCCUUCCAGGAUAGGACCCUCUCCGGCUUAGUGGAUUUCCUCAAGUUUUUGAGCAUCCCCAAGCAUCUCACAUACAGAACGGUGUUCGACAAUUAUCUGUCCCCCAAGUUUGUAAACAGUCUUAGUUCGACGGAGGCGUCGCAGAAGGGGCUGACAAAACUGGCGAAGAAAAUGAUGUCCAUGUUCCAAGUGCGCGAAAUGCAGCCACUCUUCUCCACUGUUCUGGACAAAAUAGAAGUCAUACCUAUAGGAAUUCUCAAAACACUGGUGGAGGAAACACCGUCAGCUCAGUAUUUUUACGAAAUAACCUCCACCAAGGUGAAGAGAAAAAUAUGGGUUCUAUGCCCCCAUAAGUUCUACCAACAAGUUGAACCAAUCAUAGACGAAAUUAUUUUAAGAAUUAAAAUAAAAAGCAGACACGACGACUCAGUAGUUGCAUUGAUUAACCAGAUUGUCGAGUUGAUAGGAAAUCAAAAGGAGAAAAACUUUUUGUAUAAUUUGUGUGUGCAUAUUGUGCGGUUAAAAUGGGUCCAGGUAAUUAUAAGUGAACGGGAAAGUUCUGCUCCAGGUUGUGCCAGAGUAAGUGACGGUACUUCUUCCCCUGGUGGGGGUAAGGAAUCUAGAAGUGAUGCUAAAAAUAGCAAACUAGAAUCUAAAGCAGAUUCCACUCGUGUCCCAUGCGAAACAACCAAAUUUGUGGAGGACACAAAUUUAGAAAGUGAGGACAAAGAAAAUUGGGAUAACUUUUGUUACGUAAAUUUAGAUUGUAUUUCACACCCCUACUUGCCUGAUAACCAUUUUGGAGACAGGCUGAAAAAACUGCACUCCUGUUUUAACAAAAUUAUGCAUAAAGAGAAAAAUGGAGAAGGGGAGGAGGUAAAUAACUCCGACGGGACGAAGCCGUAUGUUAUAUCUCUCAGUGGGUAUAGCCACCAUAGCACCUCUUUUCACUAUUUGAAGAAGAGGAAAUUGGUGCAGGUAGGAGAGCGUGAAGAUAAUAGUGCCAAAGGGGAGGGGAAGAUCCCUUGGAAGAAUUGCUCGAAGGAUGCAGGGACCUUUUUCAGAAGCAUCAUGGAGCCUGGCACCGACUUUUGUGGCGAAUUUAAAAACGAUAUGAAGAGGAGCUUGUCGAUAGGCCAAGAAGGGAAAAACGCGAAAAGGAUAAGAAUAAACAUACACAGUUUUAAAAAAGAUAACUUUUUUUCAAAUGGGUCUCCCAUGAGUAGUCGAAAAAUGUACAGCGAGGCGGGAUAUACUUCCACAAUGGGGAAGUUCAAGGGGGAGGACGAGGAUGGUAUUAUGCCCAUGAGUGGCAUCAAUGAGCACACCACUGGAGGGAAGACCCAUUUCAUCACAAACAGAAGUCGCAGUAGCCAUAGUAGUAGGAGCAGCAACGAUAGAGAAGACGGAGAUGCGAUGGACUGCAAAAACAAAGGGCAGAAAAAAAAAAAAAAAGGGGCACAUAAAAUCAAGUACAAAGCGAAUUGUAGUGAAAAGGGUCCAAAAAAAACGCUCCUACCUUUCGAUGGAAUGUUUUAUAGCUAUUUAAGAUUGCUUAUAUGUCUCCAGUAUAGAGAAAAAUAUAACAUCAAAGAUGAAGAGAUGGUGAAAAUAGAUCGGUAUUUUCCUGUGAUCGAAUUUAUUAACCAUGUCAUUAGGGAUGGUAUAUUAAAUUUUUCGGAUCAAGUUAAGACACAAGAAGUAGUUAAAAGGAUUAAAAAUAGUCUCAACAUAAAAAACGUGGAUGAGUUAUGUGAGUACUCUCUCCUAUUUAGCAACAUCCUAUUAAAGUUCUGCAUCAUUAAAGGUAUAUGUUUUUACUUCUACCGAAAUAACUUGGACGUGGUGCCUUAUAAAAAUUGUAUGCUUUUUUGGACCUGCCUUUUUUACUUUGGAGUUUACAACAAUUUUUUUUAUCUGAAUAAGUAUGCGCUGGAUAAGAUGGAGUACAAUGACAGAAAAAGGAGGUCUAACCAGUAUUUUCACUUGAGACAGAGGUUUCUGGGGGAAGGUAUUCAGUCCUAUGGGGACUUCACUGGGGAGGCCUUCCACACAGGGGCUGUCGAAGGUGACUCUUGUGGUUCAUGGGUUGACAUAAAGCAGGGCCCAUCGGUGGGAGAGUCGGUGGGAUCAGAGGAAGUAUCGGCUGAAUCAUCGGAGGGGGAAUUACACGAAGAAGGAAAAGAGACGGAUCUAACCGGGGAGGACUACAGAGAAUGUGAUGCAAACAGAAGACGCGAAUGUUACGAAGAGGUCGACGAGCAUGGAAGUAGUGAGGGGACCGAUAAUGUCGGCAGCAGUGAGGAGGGUGAAGAGACUGGAAGUAGCAGUGUGAAUGAAGGGGUAGGAAGGAUCGAACGGACUGAAGAACUCGAGGGGACAGCACCAAGUGAAGAGAUGGAAGGGACGGCGUCCAGUGAGGAGAUCGACGCGACAGCACCCAGUGACGAGAUAGACGGGACAGUAGUCAGCGAAGAAGUUGACCACACCGAGCACAGUUCACCGACAGAAGAGCCAAGCCCGGAUCACCCACAGGAGUACGAAAUUCCCCGUGAGAGGUACAAUAUAAGCGUUAAAUAUGGGAACCACUCCACCACAAACGGAAACGAGCGUUACGAGGUGUGUGAAUACCAGGGCCAUCUGGAACGGUACGACGAAAGUGAAGUGCGCGAUGGGGAAUCGAGCGAAGAGAGGAAUGGAAGGGAGCAAGAUUGGGCGUACGCCAGGUAUAGAGAGUACGAAGAUGGCCAAGGGGGAAUGGUCGAAGAGUAUGGAGCAGAUGGGGGAGAUGUUGAAAACGACGAAUGCCACGGACAUGAUGAAGACGAGGAAACAAACCCAUAUGGUGAAGACGACGAAAGCGACAGACAUGGUCAAGAUAACGAAAGCGACGAAUAUAGUGAAGACGGCGAAAGAGAGGAAUAUGGUGCAGAUGACGAAAAUUCCGUCGGAGACAACGAGGAGGACACUUACAUCCGCCGCUACACGAGCUAUCACCACGGAAGGUGCAAGGGAAAGGUGCGCAUGCGCCAGUUCAAGAUUUGCAGUGACAGCACGCGCCUCGCGCACCAGAGAAAAGGAAACGAGAAGGACAAUUUCAAAUUGUAUUUCUGCAGCGUGCGGAGCACACAGGAACCGAAGAAAGAGCACACCAGCAGUGUCGGAAAUACCAUCAACGAAAUGAAAAGCAAAAAAAAGUAUAAACUCUUGGUGAACGAUUGUAAAGAUAGCUAUUUGAAGAUACCCCUAAUGAGCAUUUUAAAAUAUAUAGUCAUUGCGAAUAAUGAACAAGGCAGCUUCCUGUCCUUUUUUGAUUUUAUCGAAGAAGAUACAAAAUUUGAGAGCUUAAAAUCUGUGAAGGAAAAGAACAGCAUAUUGCUCUUAUCAGCUUUGUUGAAUAUCCCUCAAGUAAAUUAUAUGAAAAUAAAAAAUUUCUUUUCCAUCAUUCACGAAUUUUUUUAUAUGGAAAAGAAAAAUCUAGGAAGCUUAUCCAUCAGUAAUGCUCCCUCGAGGGAUGGUGGUAACUCCAAUGCAGAAGUUGCACACGAGAUGAGAAGGGUGGAGGAACAUAAAGAAUCACAUACAUCGAGUGAACUCUUAAGCAACGCCAACAUGUGCAGUGACGAUACUGGUAAGGUAGAUAGGGUAGGCAGUAAUAUGUGCACUUCUUCAAACGGUGUUAGCAGCCACGUCAACUGGGGCUUAAGAAAAAGAGACGCAAAAAACGAAGUGAUCAGUAGCGGGUUACCCCCUCAUAUUAGCAAUGAAUGGGCAACCAUAGGUGAGAAAGACAGAUGUGUGAAUGAAUGGAGUGAAGAUCAAACAAGCGUCUCGGACACGAGCAGUAUUAAGAACUUUCCUGUCCGAGGGAGGGAAAAAAACACGUUUGAAAGCCUGAGGAAAAGGCUAGUAAGCCAAAUAAAUGAUAUGAACAGCGCAAUAAGUGGAAACCACUUCUUAAUAACUAAUAACAUAACGUUUAUAUGUCCUUACCUGAGGGAGAUGGGCGAUGGUGUUGACGGUGGCGGUGGCUUAGUUAACCCUCUUAGCCAAGUCGAUGUAGAUAAUGCGACAAAUCUGGAAAUCGGAGCAAAAGAGAGCGACGCCAACAUCGAGUUGAGCCCAAUUCGAGAUCCAUUUGCCUGGCGGAGCGAACAGAAGAGAAGUACGCCCCGAUCAAUUAACCUCUUUUGCGAAAUUUCGAAAGAGAUAGUGAGUAAGUUAGACAAUUACACUCGCGUCGGCACCAUUAGCAGGUGCCUGCCUUACAUUUUGAAAAUAUGUUCCCGAACUUUCCAUUUCUUAAGAAAAAAGAAACUGAUAAAUAUUUACAUAAAAUAUAUGUAUCUAUAUGAGUAUCUGUACCACAUGGUACUGAACAGAAUGUUGCACAUUAGCACGAUGAAGAGUCUCCCGUUUUUGCAAAAUGUUAUCAUAAAAGAGUUGCAUUAUUACUUUGAGGAUUUCAAGAAUAGGAAUGUGAAGAACCUGUGGAAGUUUUACCUCUACGCCCGCACACUAAUUGAUAUAAACAAAAUGAACUUAAUUAAUAAGCUGUUUCAUAACAAUGCCAUUGAUUAUUUUAUAAAGCUGUUUUACUCUCUGUCUUUUUACAACCCGGUGUUUUCGGUGCUUUUUUUGAAGCUCAUCGAGACACCCCUGUUUUAUAGGAAUAUUGAAAAUAAGAAGAGCGAAAUUUUGCAAAACAUUUGGAUGUAG